CCUCAUCUCCAUCAUCCUCUCAUUCACAUCAUCACAUCCAAACAACCAAACACUGAAAUAAUGACCUCAUCCAUACCAAACCCACGACAGUUUCUCACAUCUCUGAUAGAUAAUCUCACUUCCAUACCUCCUCCAACAGCCGUCACAACGUCUACCUCAUCUACCUCAUCUGCAUCUGCUCGUGCGUCUAACCCCCUUAAACUUAUCCCGCCCUCAUGCCGUCCUCUCCUCACCACACUAUAUGCGCUAUACCCCUUGACUCUCCUCCCCGCUCUAGACCUCCUAGAUAGACGUCUGGUGACUCGGGUUAUCGUCACACCUCCUCCUCAUUCCCAACAAAACACUUUAACGCAAGACCCAAGUAAAGGAGCUCCCGGCAAAGGCCAACAGACACCAGAUGCAAAACCAUCAGUUUUCUACCUAGUCCGCUCGGUGCAACCCACACACCCACGCCGACACCACCGCCACGACUCUGCCUCGUCGCGGCCAGGUAUCUCUUAUGUGGUGCGCACCCAGUCCUGGAAUUGCUCAUGCGCUGCCUUUGCCUUUGCCGCGUUUCCAAGGGAAGAAUCGCAAUCACAAUCACAACCGCAACAGCAGCAACAGCAUGGCUACACCAUCAACCCACCCUUUCCUCCCCUUUUCCCCACAGACAGGGACGCGGAAGAAGAAGAUCACCUAUUUGAAAAUGGGGGAGGAGAUGGGUGGGAGUUUGGAGCCCUCAGCCUUGACGGCAUAGAGGGCUCUGAUAUUGCAGGGGUGCCGUGCUGCAAGCACUUGCUUGCGUGCGUGUUGGCUGAGCGGUGGAGCGGCGUGUUGGGCGUGUAUGUUGAUGAGAGGAUCGUGGGGAGGGAGGAAGCGGCGGGGCUAGUUGCCGAUAUUUGAGUUUUCGAAUGCCUUGGAAAGAAUUCUUUGCUUGUAUUAGCAUAGUUCGUUGUUGGAGGAUUAGUCUGUCGCUCACAGGACAUAUCUAGGUUAGUACGCCUAAGUCACGCUACCAAAUAGGAGCUCGUUAUGAUCACCAAAUCUAAGAAGGGAGGAAAAUAAAACAUCUAGUCAGGCAACAUAAUCAAAGCUACUGAACAUCCUCGGUGUCGUAUAACCAUUCUCUGUCAUAACCUUGGAGGUUUACGAAUUGGAAGGAUGCUAUUGAUUAAUGUCUAGGUAGUGUUACUUUUCCGAGUAUAGGGGCAUGAAUUCAACCAAGUAUAGGCCGUUGCUCAGAAGGAGUUUCUUCGUCUGUUGGCUCGACUACUGGGUCUCUGCGUAUAUAUCUCAAACACUUAGCAAUUAUACUAGUGGUGUACCUUCCGAUCUUCAUUUAUAUCACUUCCCCUAGUCAGUACUGAAGCCGUGACGUUUCUGUAGCUAUAUAAAUACUCAAUGGA